AACGCAUGUGUUGAUUUGCCGAAUGAUGUGUGGUAACAACGUUAAUGUGAUAAUUAUUUAUUUGGAAUCAUGAAUUGUUUUUCGUAUUGAAAGAAAGUAAACUUUACACUUAAAUUUUGAACAUAAUUUAAGCCAUGAGAGUGACAUCUAAAUCAUUUUUAAGGAAGACAAAGCGUGGGAAUAUAUUAAAAAUUGUCAGGGAACAUUAUCUCAGAGAUGACAUAGGAUGUGGUUCACAAAUUUGUAAAAAAUGUAAAUAUAAUGAUGAUACUCCAUUACAAGAAAAUCCACCAAACACAAAUUCUAGUUAUAAGGAUCUCCAUUACAUAUUGGUUGAUACUAAUGUUGUUAUACAUCAGAUUGAUGCUUUAGAAGAUGAAACAUUGAAAAAUGUUAUUAUCUUACAAACAGUUUUGGAAGAAGUUAAACAUCUUAGUCACAGUGUAUAUAAACGGUUACUUGAUAUUAUGGGAAAUUAUUCUAGAUGUUUUUAUACUUUUGUGAAUGUUUAUCACAACGAUACUUAUGUAGAACGUACCCCUGGAGAAAGCCCUAAUGACUAUAAUGAUCGUAUGAUAAGAGUUGCUGCUCAGUGGUACAAUAAACAUUUAGGUGAUAAGAUAAAAGUUUUAUUAUUAUCGAGUGAUGAAGCUAGUAAAGCUAAAGCUAUUGAAGAAGGCAUACCAACUAUGUCUUUGGAAGAGUAUAUCAAAGGAUUGAACAAUAUUAUACUAGCUGACAAACUUUCAAAUAGGAGCUGCAUUGUUGAAGAAACCAACAAAGAACUUAUAUUCCCUCCUCAUUUCACACCAGCUCAAAUACAUCAAGGAAUACGAUCAGGAAGUUUAAUGCAAGGCACAUAUUUUGCAUCCAGUGAUAAUUUUCUUGAAGGAAGUGUCUUUGUUGAAGGACAAGAAAAAAAUAUACUGUUGCAAGGACGAGAAAAUUUAAACCGUGCUAUAAAUGGGGACAUAGUUGCAGUUCGUUUAUUUCCUGAAAGUGAAUGGAGUGCUCCAGCUAACUUAGUUAUAGAAGACUAUGAUGAUCUAGAUAAUGAUACUCUUGACUUAAAUAAAAUAGAAAAACCAAAAGAAAAGUUUCCAACUGGUCAAGUAGUAGGAAUUAUACGUAAGAAAUGGCGUCAAUACUGUGGUAUAAUUCAAAACAGUUUAGUGGAAAAUGCUACACGUCAUCUAUUUGUACCAGCAGAAAAAAAAAUUCCAAAAAUUAGAAUUGAAACUAGACAAUAUGACAAAUUAAAAGAUCAACGUGUUAUUGUAGCAAUUGAUUCUUGGCCUAGAACAUCAAGAUAUCCAUUAGGACAUUUUGUAAGAUCUUUAGGAAAAAUUGGUGAACGUGAUGCAGAAAAUGAAGUUAUAUUAUUAGAACAUGAUGUUCCUCACAGUAAAUUUUCUGAUCAGGUUUUAAAAUGCCUACCAAAGUUACCCUGGUUAAUUACGGCUGCUGAUUUGGCAUGUAGAAAAGACUUCCGAGAUUUAGAUAUUUGUUCUGUGGAUCCUCCUGGUUGUACCGAUAUUGAUGAUGCAUUACAUUGUAAACCAUUAGAAAAUGGCAAUUUUCAAGUUGGUGUUCAUAUUGCUGAUGUUACACAUUUUGUUAAGCCUGGCUCAGCUAUAGAUGUUGAAGCUAGUCAACGAGCAACUACUGUUUAUUUGACAGGACGCCGAAUUGAUAUGGUUCCAGAACUAUUAAGCUCAAAUUUAUGUUCUCUACGUGGAGGAGAAGAACGCUUAGCAUUUUCUUGCAUUUGGGAGAUGGAUCCUGAUGCAAAUAUUGUUAAUAGAAGUUUCACUAAAAGUGUCAUAAAAUCAAAGGCUGCAAUGACAUAUGAACAAGCACAGCUUAUUAUUGAUGAUCAAAAACAAAACACUACAAUAGCGAAUGCAUUAAGACAACUUAAUAAAUUUGCCAAAAUACUUAAAAAGCGACGUUUAGAUGAUGGAGCAUUAGUUUUAGCAUCACCAGAAAUUCGAUUCCUUGUGGAUAGUGAAACACGUGACCCUUUAGAUGUAGAAGUGAAACAAGUUAAAGAGACAAAUUCGAUGGUUGAAGAAUUUAUGUUAUUAGCUAACAUAGAAGUUGCCAAAAAAAUUUAUGAGGAUUUCCCAGAAUUUGCUGUUUUAAGACGUCAUCCAAAACCACCACCUACUAAUUUUGAGUCAUUAAUUAAAGCUGCUGCUCAUUUAGGAGUAGAACUUAAUGUUGACUCUAGUAAAGAUUUAGCCAAUUCUUUGGACAAAGCAGUUAAAUUGGACAAUCCCUUUUUCAACACUAUGCUACGAAUAUUAGCUACAAGAUGCAUGAUGCAAGCUGUUUAUUUUGCCAGUGGUACUAAACCAUUUGAUGAAUUCUUACAUUAUGGAUUAGCUGCACCAAUUUACACACAUUUUACAUCCCCAAUAAGAAGAUAUGCAGAUAUACUAGUUCAUAGAUUACUAGCUGUUUCUAUUGCAGCAGAAACUACAACCCCUGAAUUACUAGACAAACGAAAAAUUGAAGCUUUAUGCCAAAACUUAAAUGUUAGGACUAGGAUGUCGGCAUAUGCUGAACGAGCUUCUGUUGCAUUAAAUACACAUAUAUUUUUCCGUGGAAAAAUUAGAGAUGAAGAAGGAUACAUAUUAUAUGUUCGGAAAAAUGCUUUACAAAUACUGAUACCAAAGUAUGGUUUAGAAGGUACUCUGUUUCUAGCACCUCGUAAAGGACAAAUACAAACAGUAACAUUUAUUUAUAACGAAGAGGAACAAACUCAGAGAUGUGGUGAAGUUGUUUUUCGAACAUUUGAUCCAGUUAGUGUUCAGUUAAGUCUUGAUAGUAGUAACGUUCAACAUGAAAGAAUUAUACUUAAGCUAGUGAAACCUAAAAUUCCAGAAUUUAGUGUUCCGUCAUCAAAUGUCAAUGACAAUAAUACUUCUAAUACAUAUAAAUUACAACCACAAAAUGAUCAAAGUUCAAACGAUCUUUUAUCACAACCUCAACGUAAAAAAGCAAAAAAAUAAUUACAUUCAAUUUUAAUUAUCUAUUGACUCAUUUAAAUCUUCAUUCUCAAGAUCAUCUUCUUCAUCUUCAAAAAAAUCAACGAAAUCUGUUGCUUUGGGUUCACGAUAACUGCUAGUAUUGAAUGAAUAUACUGGAACAAUUCUUCUAAUAGAUUGUUCUGAUUUUAUUUCCUUAACAAAAAUAUAUAUUUAGUAUUGAAUAAGAAAAUA